UACACUUCAUGUGGAAAGACCGAACGACAGAGGAGCUCGGCGAGGAUCUAAUCUUGUUUCCUGGCGAUGCUAAAUUGGAAAAGUCACGCAAAGUAGCUGGGGACAGGACCUAUGUCCUUGCAUUAGAGAGCUCUGACCAAAGGCAUUUCACUCGUCAACGUGCCGCGAUGAAGAAUUUGUGAAGGAUUUGAACAGAACCCUCGCUGAUCCCAACAUCAUCGCUAUCGGUGACCGGCUCCGCAAGCGAAGACG